CUUCAAAUAAUCUGGGAUGGUAAUCGUGCUGUUCGGGGAUAGCGUUCAAUUUCAACUUUUCCCAUCAGUUUUUUGAAAAUUUUUGAUCAAAAACCAAUUACAUACUAUCCAUACAGACCUGUGUAUUCUGGUAAUUAACCAUGGCAGAUAACGGAAAUAAUGAGGAUGAUGCUCUUCCACCCCUCCCCAGGGGAAGCUACAACAUCAACUUUGACGAACUUGAUGAAAACACAAACCCUUUUCAGACCUCAAGCAAAGUGGCCAUGUCACCUAUGCCAGCCCGCAAAAAUCAGCCGACAACAGGCGCGGAUGGAGAUAAUCCAUUUCAGUCAAAAUCUAAAAUAGGCCGUUCUCCACCUGGCUCCCCAGCUCCUGAUUCAUUCUUGACCCCUCCCCCAGAGGAAGCAGGUGGCGAUUUUGAUGACAACAUUGACCCUUUUGCUACUAAAAAUGCACUACAGAAUUCUCCUCCACUUCCACGUAAAACAGCAUAUGAAAUUGUAGAAAAUACUGUGGAAGAUUCAUCAGAAACGUCCCCACCUAGGCCACAGGAUGAUGAUACAGUAGCACUUUGUGAACUGCCUUCACAGCCUGCCCAGCCCAAGAUGAGAAAGACCCCAUCAGGCCAAAAGGCUAAAGCAAAGAAGAAAAGAUUGUCCAAGGAGAUUAAAAAUGAAGUGGCGCCAGCUUCUGUACCUGAUAUUGAGAGCCAGACAGAUCCUAUUGCUAGUCCAUCUGAUUUAUCAACAUUAGCAAAUUCUGCAUGUAGCUCUGCAAAUCUUCAAGCUACAUCACCUCAGUCGGCAGAAUCACCUAAUAACAACAAUAACAAGAAAGGCACACAAAAUUUGGAGGGCAACAGUACCCAACCUGUUGCAGUACAGGAGCCAGAAUCUAAACCACAAGAUGCACCAAAUCCCUCAAAGAAAAAGCAGGCCAGGAUAAAGAAACCUGUAAAACCACUUAAAAGUAACAAAGCUGCUGAAGAGGAGAUAGAAAUAUUUGCCCCACCAUCAAAGCCUAAAGCAUCUCAAGAUACAGCGGCAGAUCUUCCAGCUGAAUCUCCUAACCCUACCUCUGGUACAGGAGAGCCCACAAAUCAAGGGACACAAUCUGACCUGUUUGAGCAGGAAGGCCCCUCACAAGACUGGAGUCAGACAGACGACGGUAUGGGGGAGAGUGUACAAGAUGACUUCCCAGGGGAUUUCCCAGCAGAUGAACGGACAGGGGGCAGUCCGGAGGGAGAGUUUGUGGAUUGUAAGACCAGUGUACAUGAGUUUGGGACAGGAGAUGACCAGGGCUUGGGCGACAUGGGAGAUGAGCCUAAUGAGGAAUUUGUACCUGCUUCAGAUGUGUUCACGGAUCCAGAUGCUUGGGAGAUGUUGGAAAAGCUGGGUGGAGAAGGAAAUUUUAAGGACACUGACCUGGCCAGACAGUCCCUUUAUGUGAAAUUUGACCCACUGAAUCAAGUUGAAGACCAGAUGAGGGGUAAAUCAAAGGAGAAAGUGAUAGAGGCGCCUGCACUGGACGGACAGGGGGAUGAUCUGUUGCAAAUGAACACCCCUCCGGUAAAGAAAGGCACGCCCAAAGCAGGCAAGCACCCGGCUGUUAAGCGGCUGGAGCAGCAUGUGGCGGGCACAGAGGAAGUGGGCGGAGCCAGAGAGGUGGAUCAGAUCUACAGCAGGACUCCUAACGCAGGAGAAAAGGACAUUGACGAAUCAGAGCUGCGCCGUCAGUUCUCCAUCCCUGAAGUUCCACCAGUCAUGAGCGACUCGUGGUUCGACCAGGUGAACACGUUCAAAGAGAUGGAGGACUCGACAAUGUCUCAGGACUCUGUAGACGUGUUCACGGGCUGGUCAGCGGCGCAGGACUACCCCGAGGGUCACCCGCUGGAGUACGAGGACCGUGAGGCUCGGGGUAGUAGUCAGGAGUUAGACCAGGAUGCUGACAGUGGUCAUGCUGGGAGUGCCUGUACUGCGUCACCCCCCAAGUCAGGCCCUGGUGGAGAGGAUGACCUAGUAGAUAUGUUAAAGUACACUCAGCAUGACAUGAACAAACUUCGGAGAGAUUUGGAACUGGAGUUUCAGGGGAGACUACUCAGUAAAGAAAAAGAAUGGUGCAAAAAAGUUGGUGAUAGGGAGAAGGAAGCUUCAAAUCUCAGAGAUCAAGUAGAAAAGAUCAAAGCUGCCCAUGAGAACAUGAAGUCUAUCGUGAGUGAUUAUGAGAAGACCAUUUCACAACUUGUGGCUGAUAAGGAGAAAUCCUCAUCUGAAUCCAAGGAUUCUUUGGGAGAAAUAAUUAAAGACAGAGAUCAGGCUGUAGAAGAUUUGAGGUCAGUAGAAUCAGCCUUCUCCGAUUUACACAGGAGAUAUGAGAAGAUAAAAACAGUUGUAGAUGGUUUUAAGAAGAAUGAAGAGAUUUUAAAGAAGAGCAUCCAAGACUAUCAGGGAAAGUUAAAAGGAGCAGAGCAGAGGUUUCAGGCUCUGAAGAAUCAGGCUGAAGAAAAGUUAGAUCUAGCAAACCAGGAGAUUGAAAAGGUGAGAAAGAAUAGCUCGUCAGAGGUGGCCAGGGCUAGAAGCUGUUGUCAGGAAGAAGGACCUGCAGGUGAAAAGUUUGGAGAAAACCCUGGAGACUAAGGUGAAGGAAAACGAAGAGCUGACAUCGAUAUGUGAUGAACUGAUUGCUAAGGUGGGCACAGGACAGUGACAAAACUUAGGCAGAUUUUUGUACAUAGAUCAAAUUCUGUUAAUACCAAGCUCUUGACAGACUGAUUUUAAGAUGGCGUUCAAGGCAGCAGAAUAAAGCUGUAUAUUACUGGAAGAUUGGAAUUCUGCUUUAAAUACAUGAUUCAGGGAUUGUGAACUUAAAGAGUACAAACCAGGCUAAAAAUUUCUGUGGAGGCAACCCAAUAGUGAAACCACUGGCCUGAUAGUGGUUUGCCUGUGCUGAGGCAGUGAAAUGAUUGUGGCUGACAGAGAGAAUGUGCCGAUUGGCUGAUCAUCUUAUCCACCAGCCUCAGCUUUGAUUCUGCACCUUCAGCUCUGCCAGCAGUCGGAGGCUAGGUGAAUGCUAGUGGAAUGCUUGGUGAAUAGAAUUGGAAUGCUAGUAGCCAGCUACCAUUGUGCAAUUGGUAUGCCUCUAGGAGCCUGUUUCCGGUUGUACUCUCUGAAUGACUCACCCAUACUCAUGCUGGAGCUGUACCAUAUGGAGAAGCAGCCAUGCAUGUCUUAAUUGAUACGGAUGCUUUACGCGUGAAAAACAGCACAUUGUGCAAUUGGUAUGCCUCUAGGAGCCUGUUCCCGGUUGUACUCUCUGAAUGACUCACCCAUACUCAUGCUGGAGCUGUACCAUAUGGAGAAGCAGCCAUGUGUGUCUUAAUUGAUACGGAUGCUUUACGCGUGAAAAACAGCACAUUGUGCAAUUGGUAUGCCUCUAGGAGCCUGUUUUCGGUUGUACUCUCUGAAUGACUCACCCAUACUCAUGCUGGAGCUGUACCAUAUGGAGAAGCAGCCAUGCAUGUCUUAAUUGAUACGGAUGCUUUACGCGUGAAAAACAGCACAUUGUGCAAUUGGUAUGCCUCUAGGAGCCUGUUUCCGGUUGUACUCUCUGAAUGACUCACCCAUACUCAUGCUGGAGUUGUACCAUAUGGAGAAGCAGCCAUGUGUGUUUUAAUUGAUACGGAUGCUUUAUGCGUGAAAAACAGCACCUGUAAUGGCAUUACCAAAGGCCUGGAAGAUGACCGAUUCACCUUGCAUAUACGCCAUUGGAUUUCAUGUAUGUGUCAGCUUCACAAAAUCCCAAAAAUGUUGGUCUAUUUCUAAAACAAACAAAAAACGCCUGUUGAAUUGGACUUAAAAACAUUUUCCACUGUUAGGUGUCUAUAAUGCUGAAGAAAAGGAGUAAAGGGAGAUAAUUUGUCAUUGUCAUGUGGAGUUUCUCAUAUUUUGACAAUCGACAGAAGCUGCUCCUCCCACGUGUACAUAUAUGUGUAAACUGUGAGUUGCCUGCCUCAGUCAACAAGCAAACACAGGACAGCCAGUGCCUGGUCACAUAUUCAGCCAUUUUUAUCCUUCAGAAAAAUUCCGUUUGGAGCGGACUCAAAUAAUCAACAGCUAUACUUCAAAAUAUAGACGCAAUUUUGGACAGCCAAUUUGGUUUCUGAUUUCUGGCUGCAAAGGAAUCGUCACAUAUUCUAAAUAAAUGAAAACCUGACAGCAGCUGCUACAUGUAGCUGUAGCCUGAAUAAAGAAACAGAUUACAACAAAGAAUUCUCAGUGUUCUUACAAGGAAAAUAUCUAGCACCUUCUUGUACUUGGGUUGCAGUAGUAUUGCUAGGAGAGCCCCAUGGUGUAUGGGUUGACCUCCAGCAUAACCAUGCCCUGGCUCCUCAGCCGUCAUUGUAC